AUGUCUCACUGUUUUCUUUUCAAUCUCUUUCCAUCUCUCAUUUUUUGCUUUUUGUCUUUUUUUCUGUUUAUAACUCUCUCAGUCCCAUUUUUUCCUUCUCCACAUUUCUUUUACUUUUCAUUUCUAACUUUUGUUUUGCGUGCCACUCAUUUUUAUCUAUGUCUUACUUUCUACUUCUCUUUCUCGCACUCUCUAUUUUUGUUUCUCAUUUGUUUUACUUUUCACUUUCUCUUUUUUCUUUCUAAACCUCUUUGCAUCAAUACUUUACUUCCUCUCGUUAUCUUUCUCUCACUUUACUUCCUCCCACUAUCUUUCUCUCAUUUUACUUCCUCCCACUAUCUUUUUCCCACUUUACUUCCUCCCACUAUCUUUCUCCCACUUUACUUCCUCUCACUAUCUUUCUCUCACUUUACUUCCUCCCACUAUCUUUCUCCCACUUUAGUUCCUCUCACUAUCUUUCUCUCACUUUACUUCCUCCCACUAUCUUUCUCCCACUUUACUUCCUCCCACUAUCUUUCUCUCAUUUUACUUCCUCCCACUAUCUUUCUCUCAUUUUACUUCCUCUCACUAUCUUUCUCUCACUUUACUUCCUCCCACUAUCUUUCUCCCACUUUAGUUCCUCUCACUAUCUUUCUCCCACUUUACUUCCUCCCACUAUCUUUCUCCCACUUUACUUCCUCCCACUAUCUUUCUCUCAUUUUACUUCCUCUCACUAUCUUUCUCCCACUUUACUUCCUCUCACUAUCUUUCUCUCACUUUACUUCCUCCCACUAUCUUUCUCCCACUUUACUCCCUCUCGUUAUCUUUCUCUCAUUUUACUUCCUCCCACUAUCUUUCUCCCACUUUACUUCCUCUCACUAUCUUUCUCCCACUUUACUUCCUCCCGCUAUCUUUCUCCCACUUUACUUCCUCCCACUAUCUUUCUCUCAUUUUACUUCCUCCCACUAUCUUUCUCCCACUUUACUUCCUCUCACUAUCUUUCUCCCAUUUUACUUCCUCCCACUAUCUUUCUCCCACUUUACUUCCUCCCACUAUCUUUCGCACAUGCUUUUCCUUUCUGUUGUUCUUAAGGAUUAUCUUAUACUUUUUCUUGCCCAUAGUUUGGAGUUGGAACUUGUCAUGACGAAGGUCACAACUCACUUCCCCAUUUUGCCCCACAUCACGGUCGGUCACUUUCACAUAGGCAAUAAAGCUCCCUACUUCAACAUCCUCAGAUAUUAUAGCUGUUUUAUCUGA